UUACAUACAACUCAACUAGUUUUGCCUUCACACAUAUGUUAGUUAAUCUCUCAUCUUCAUCAUAUCUUCAGAUCAAUUCCUCCCUUUCUCCAUAUAUCUUCAAACUAAGUACAGAAUAUAUUAAAGCUUGAUAUAAACACUCCACGUCAUCAAUGGCUGCCGCCGCCAAGGAGCGUACCAUGGAGGCCACGCCGACGUGGGCAAUUGCCGUCGUCUGCUUUGUACUCAUUGCCAUCUCCAUUGCCAUUGAACAACUCUUUCAUCACCUUGGAGCGUUGUUAUUGAGGAAGCAAAAGAAAGCUCUACAUGAAUCACUUGAUAAGAUCAAAACAGAGCUGAUGCUUAUGGGGUUCAUAUCACUGUUGCUGACAAUAUUUCAAGACCCAGUGUCUAAUAUAUGUGUCCCCAAAAGUGUUGGAAACUCUUGGCAUCCUUGUGACAAAAUCAAAGACCCAUCCAAAAUAAAAGACCCAUGCAAAGCAAAGGGAAAAGUCCAGUUUGCUUCUGCAUAUGCAAUACACCAGCUCCACAUCUUUAUCUUUGCAUUGGCAGUGACUCAUGUAGUGUACUGUAUUACAACGUGGGGGCUGGGCAAACUAAAGAUGAGGAGUUGGAAAGACUGGGAGCAUGAGACAAAAACACUUGACUACCAGUUUGAACAUGAUCCUGAGAGGUUCAGAUUUGCAAGAGACACGUCAUUCGUACAACGACAUUCGCACUUUUGGAACAAAUCAUCGAUAUUUCUUUGGAUGGCUUGUUUUUUCCAACAAUUUUUUGGUUCGGUUGCAAAAGUUGAUUAUAUCACCCUCAGGCACGGUUUUGUAAUGGCACAUUUACCACCUCAGAAUCGACCAAAUUUUGAUUUCCAGAUGUACAUUUCUCUGGCACUUGAGGAAGAUAUCAAAGAAGUGGUUGAAAUAAGUCCAGUAUUAUGGCUGUUUGCAGUUUUGUCUUUUCUUACCAACACCAAUGGGUGGUACUCGUAUCUUUGGCUGCCAUUUAUUCCUUUAUUGAUAAUACUGGUGGUGGGAGCAAAACUACAGAUGAUCAUAACAAAUUUGGGAAUGAGAAUUGAAGAAAGUGGAGAUGUAGUGAAGGGAGCACCAGUGGUUGAGACUGGGGAUAAUCUUUUCUGGUUCAACCGCCCUUCCUUUUUGCUCUUUCUCAUUCAUUUUGUUCUCUUUCAGAAUGCAUUCCAAGUUGCUUUCUUUUUCUGGAGCUGGUACAAGUUUGGAUUACCUUCUUGCUUCCACAAGAAUGUUGCAGACAUAGCCAUCAGGCUGUCAAUGGGGGUCAUAAUACAAAUUCUGUGCAGCUAUGUCACACUCCCUCUUUACGCCUUAGUCAAUCAGAUGGGUUCAUGCAUGAAACCGGUCAUCUUCGGCGACAACGUAGCAUCGGCGUUAAAAAAUUGGAGGCAUGCAGCCAAGCAUCGGGCCAAGCACGGCCACGGCCGGCGGUCGGAGCACGCCAGCCCACUCCACGGCUCCCCUGUUCACUUGCUAAGUGACUACCAACGAAAUGUUGCGGACCACGACGCUGAUGACUUAGUCUGGGCCAACUCCGGCGGCACUUCCGGCGAACCUCACAGAAACUUAAGCCAAGAAAAAGAUCCGGCGGCCGGCGCCAUGGAAAUCUCGAUGAAAUGAAUGAGAUUAGCUUGAAUGAUUAUUAUUUGUCUCUCGUCAACAAAAACCAAUCAAGAGUUUCUUCCACAGUGUCAGUUCCGUGUCAGACUAAUACAGCGUGUGAGUGUACCACGUAAAGUUCUUUUGCUACCACUCUUUUUUUUAAUACUACUGAUUCUGUUAUAAUGCAAUAUAGUACUUUUUCAACC